AUGAGAGAAACUUUUGAAAAGGAUGAGCUUGGCAAUUUUGGAUCAGGGGAUUUUAACGAUGAGUUUGUUGAGGAAGAAUUGAAUGAGGAGGAUUAUGAGGAAAUAGUUAUGAUUAAGUAUAGGAAGUUAGAUAUGCUGAUUGAAGAUGGAAUAAAUAAAUUCGUAGAAAAUAUAACCUUGAAUCAUUUAAAAAAUGGGAAUGAUGAUAUUCAAGAUGACAAUAGUGAUAAUGAUGAAGAUUAUAAUGGAGAUGAUAAUGAUGAAGAAAAGAAAAAGAAUGUAGGACGGGAAAAUAUUGAAGGAGGUAUGGGAGAAGAAAAUGAUAAUGUUAAAGGAGGAGAGGAGCGACAAGGAAAAAAUAAAGACGAGGGACGUGCAUAUAUUGAAAGAGCAGAUGGUGAGGUAGACGAAACUGAUUAUAAUGAUCAAGGUUUGGAUGACAUGAAUUUACAUGAUGAAAGUGUUGAAAAUGAUAAAGAUGGUAAUAAUGAAGAAAAACAAAAUGAUAAUCAAGAAGAACAAAAUGUUGAAGGAGGAGGUAUGUUAUCAUAUGGGAAGAAUAUAGAAGGGAAGAAUGCUAAGAAAGGAGAAGGAAGAACUGGUGAAGAACCACGGAGAGUUGGAGAAGGUGUGGAGGGGAAGAAUACAGAAGGGAGAAAUGCUAAGAAAGGAGAAAGAAGAAAUAGUGAAGAACCAAAGAGAGUUGGAGAAGGUGUAGAGGGGAAAAAUAUGGAGGGGAAGAUUGAAUUGAUAGGAACAAAUGUUGUUGAAGGAGAAGAAUUUAAAAAUCUUUUGAUAUCUUCUUUUUUCAACUUUUGUGUCCGUACAACAACGGCGAACUUCAACAUGAACAUGAUGAAUUCUUAUUCUCAUCUUCUUGGUUCUUCAACCAAAAUUCCUAUGUUGAUUCCUGAAUACUAUGAUCAAUGGCCUGAAAGGAUAGCAAACUAUUUGAAUGGAAUCGAUGUAGAUCUCUGGAAUGCAUUAAUGAUGGAAUUCAUCUUGCAAUUCUGUUACAAGAAGUUGGAACUGCAAGUUUUAAUACAAAUGUUGGUCAAAAAACAAACAACUAGAUGA